AUGCAUAAAUAUCAAGAAGCUUUACUUAAGAAUACGUGUAUUCUUCGAAUAUUUAUUUAGUGAGAGGAGAAGAAAUUACUGUGAAUCUCUAAAUAUACAAUUCAACUGCUCAAUAGGAUAGACAACAGUUUCUUAAAGCAUUAUAAGAAUUAGCAAAUGUAAAAAAUACAAAAGUUGAUGAAUAAACUCGUAUCUUGUAACUUAAAUUACCAGGUACAACAAGCAUAGCAAAUAUAAAAUCAGAUUUAGAAAAAUAUUGCAAUCAAAAAAUUGUAAUCAAAUAUUUGUGUUUAUGGUAGAUAUUGAUGUGUGAAUCAAUGGUACCAAAUCCAUUAGAUGUCAUAGGAGAUCUCAAAUGUACUACUUAAAAACAAGAGGUUCAUUUACAAUUGUGUUCUUAAGUAAUUGCAGGAUGA